GUUUGGCAGAGGUUCAAUCAGUACUCAAGUCAUCGUUCUCUAGUUCAGAGUUCCACAGCAGUUACAAAAAAACCAAACUAAAAUGGCCAAGAUCGCACUUGCUCUCUUCCUGUUCGCCCUGUUCGCCGUGGCUAUGUCCGCUCGCGUCGCCCGUGAAGAGCCCGCUGCCGCCGCCGAUCCUCUGGAGCAAAUCAAGGCUGAGAUCAACAAUGUCAUCACCAAACUUAAGGGUCUGGACGAGAACAAGUUUAAGGAAAUGCUUACGGAUGGUAUUACUCACAUUCAGGAAGGCUUGAACAAAGUGACCGAAGUAAUCCAGCCAAAACCAACCUCCGCCUAAGACGUUGUUGGCUAGCCAUAUAUCAUUACAUCGAAAACGACUCUAAUAAAUGUUUUGACUUCAACUUAAGUUGUUACAUUUUAAAUGAAGACUAAAACAUGAAAUUAAAACGUUAAUUGCUUUUAACACAAGAA